AUCAUAAGCCUGACUAUAUAUAAUAAUAAAAAGGGCAUUUCAUUACGGAGGGAGAAACAUAACGAGGCCUCGGCUAGCUUCAGCAGCAGCAUAUCGUCGUCGCCCAGGGAAGAAUCCGGUUCUUCGCCGGAGAUGGAGGAGCCGUUAAUAAACGGCGCCAACAUCGAGUCCGGUGAACUUCAUCACUCGCCGCCAGCUAUCGUCGAAUCUGGUGAUGAUGAGGGUGACUAUCCUCCGGUCAGGAGCUUCGCUGAUGCCAAAGCUCUGUGUUGGACGGAAUCAACGAAGCUAUGGGUCAUUGCGGCACCAAUCGUCUUUAACAUACUCUGUCUAUAUGGGGUCAACUCUUUUACGCAGAUCUUCGUCGGCCAUCUUGGAGACGUGCAGCUCUCCGCCGUGGCUAUUGCCUUGUCUGUCGUCUCUAACUUCUCUUUCGGCUUUCUGCUUGGCAUGGGAAGCGCCCUGGAGACACUAUGCGGCCAGGCGUUCGGCGCUGGGCAGGUGUACAUGCUUGGCGUCUAUAUGCAACGCUCAUGGAUCAUACUAGCAGUCUCAUGCAUCAUCCUUUCUCCAUUCUACAUCUUUGCCACCCCAAUCCUAAAGCUCCUGGGGCAAGAAGAUGACAUUGCCCAACUUGCCGGGAAAUUCACAAUCCAGAUAAUCCCUCAGUUGUUUUCACUUGCCGUUAAUUUCCCCACCCAGAAGUUCCUACAAGCCCAAAGCAAGGUUACAGUCCUCGCAUGGAUUGGAUUCGUGGAUCUUAUUGUACAUUUAUUCCUGCUCUGGCUCUUCAUAUAUGUGUUCAAUUGGGGCAUUACUGGUGCGGCUAUAGCAUUCGACAUCUCGUGCUGGGUGGUUUCCAUCGCCCAGGUGGUUUAUGUGGUGCACUGGUGUAAGGAUGGAUGGAAGGGGUUGUCUUGGUUGGCAUUCAAGGAGAUCUGGGCCUUUGUUAAGCUCUCUCUUGCCUCUGCUGUCAUGCUUUGCCUAGAAAUAUGGUAUAUGAUGACUCUGGUUGUUCUCACUGGCCAUCUCCACAAUGCAGUCAUAGCAGUUGGGUCCAUCUCUAUCUGCAUGAAUCUCAAUGGUUGGGAAGCCAUGGUCUUCAUUGGAAUCAAUGCUGCUAUAAGUGUUCGUGUAUCAAACGAACUUGGAUCGGGACGUCCUAGAGGUGCCAAAUAUUCAGUCCUUGUUGCGGUUGUUCAGUCACUCCUUAUUGGGGUUGUCUUCAUGGUUGUUGUCCUCGUUGCCAAAGACUAUUUUACUGUCAUUUUUACUAGCAGCAAGGAACUGCAGCGUGCUGUCUCUCACCUAGCCUUUCUUCUUGGUGUGACCUUGUUGCUAAACAGCGUACAACCGGUAAUAUCAGGUGUUGCUGUUGGUGCUGGGUGGCAGGCAUUGGUGGCUUAUAUUAACUUGGCCUGUUAUUACAUUUUUGGGCUUCCUCUUGGGUUCCUUUUGGGCUACAAAUUUAAUAUGGGAGUGAAGGGAAUUUGGUCUGGCAUGAUUUGUGGCACGGCAUUGCAAACAUUGAUACUCUUGUUUGUCAUCUGGAAAACCAAUUGGAACAAGGAGGCGGCAGAAGCAUCAAAACGUGUGCGGAUGUGGGGUGGACAAGAUGGUGAAGAUGCAAAGACAUGUUAUUAGCUCUCUUACCAAAGAAGUUGAAUUUUUGGUGUCUCCUUUAGGGUAACAGUGCUUUUUUUUUCUUUAUCAGUUUUUCUUAAUUCCUUUUUGUCUUCCUAAUUUGAGGUUAAAAUUAAUUAGGUUUCCACAAAUCACAUGAAAAUGUAUUGUUGCAAUUCUAUUUUAGUUGUAAGAUCUAUACUACUUUAAAAAGCAUGAAUGGCUUCAAGAA